AUGCCUUUUAUUGAAUUCAAUAAGUCUCUGCUUAUUGCUGCCAUCUCCAUCGGCUUGAAUCCCUUGCUUUGGAACAUUGCUGCACGCUCCGAGUACAACAAGAAGACAUUAACAAACCUUGCAAAUGGAAACUCUCUUAAAGCCUGCCGUGCAUUGGCUGCAACCAUUUUCGUUGGCGGAAUUGUUCGUGAUUUGAUUUUCCAGAACGCUUUGAGAUAUCAACCUGGCUUCGACUUGUUCUUCAACCCUUUCGUUCAAUUCGUUUCGAAAGUUUUGUUUUACAUUGGAAGCCUUUUGGUUUUGUCGAGUAUGUACAAGUUGGGUAUUGUUGGAACUUACCUCGGCGACUACUUUGGAUUCCUUCUUCCAACACGCGUUAGUGGAUUUCCGUUCAAUGUAACUGAAAAUCCAAUGUACAAUGGUUCUACAAUCUGCUUUCUCUCUACCGCUCUUCGCUACGGCAAGCCAGCCGGUCUCCUUUUGACUUUGGAAGUUUUCCUUGUUUACCGUCUAGCAUUAAUGUUUGAAGAACCUUUUACCGCAAAGAUUUACGCAGCUCGCGAUCAAACUCAAGGCAAAAAAUCCAAUUAA